CAACCAACACACACGAUACGCGCGCGCCCUCGAGUGAAAGAAGAAUCAAUGGAGGUCAUUCAUUGCAUUUUUGUGCAUUUCAUACGACCGAUAACAAAUUGUUGAAUCGAAAAGUUACAGUUGUGAGUGAAAGUUUAAUUAGGAUUGUUGUAAUGUGUGUUUCUGACGGGAUAAAAUGUAGUAAAGUGUCCAUUCUAAAAAAACAAUCAUAUUGCCGUGUGUCAAAAUAAAGGCAACCGAGGGGUAUUUUCUAAAAACGUAACCAUGGCAGAUCAGUUUUGUUUACGUUGGAACAAUUUCCAGACCAAUAUAGUGAGUGCAUUGGACUCAUUGAAGUGUUCUGAGGAUUUGGUCGACGUGACUCUUACAUGCGAAGGAAGAAAUAUCAAGGCUCAUAAAGUUAUACUGUCAGCCUGCAGUCCGUACUUCAGGAAUGUGUUCAAGGAAAAUCCAUGUCAGCAUCCAGUGAUCAUCCUCAAAGAUGUAUCUGCCGAUGAUAUUGUUAGCUUGCUAUCAUACAUGUACCAGGGAGAAGUGUUCAUAGAAGAGAGCAAGCUGUCUUCAUUCCUCCAUACAGCAGCCCUGCUGCAAGUUAAAGGAUUGACUGGAGUAACACAACAGAAAGAAAACUUUACAUCUCCGAAUACAUCAAACAAACUUUAUACACAACUGACAAUAUCUUCAAAAACACAAUUUGGAGCUUCAAGCAAAGAUGUAAAAAUCCCCGCUCUAAAGAAAAGGAGGAGCAGUACGUCUGAUAAACCGAAUGAUAUCGGAGAGAGUCACAAAAAGAGUAAAUUAUUAGAAACUUGUGAUAUUUACAAUAGGAGUAAUCUAUCACAUUUAAUGGUAGAGAAUCCGGUUUUUGUAACUGAGAAAAAAGGUGAGAAGAAAUCUGAAAACUGCCCGGAACUCAUCAUAGCUAACGGAAAAACCUCUAAACUGAAUCAGGCUCAAGGUGACAACAUUCCUUUAUCAAUUAAAACAGAGCAGAUUGAUGACAACAAUUCUCCCAUCUCUGUGCCCACAAAUAACUCGGAAAAUGAUGACAGUCUUCCAGAUUACGAAAACAGUAUGCUUGCCAGGUCCUUGCUACAAGGAAUUAACCCAUCUAAAAGUGAUAUCAGUGCCAAUAAUAAUACAACCAAGAAAGUGUCAAACAUAGCAGAUAUGUGUACGUCGCGAAGUAAGGAUACAAAUAAUGAAUCUCCACCAACCAAUCUUGCAGCAAAGAGCCCUCUAAAAGUAGUGUCUGGAGAAGACAUUUUAGUGAAACCUGAAAAACAGUCACCGAAGUCAGAUAUUGAGUAUGAACCGGAAAUAUUGCUGUCGGAGCAGCAAGACAGUACAGAUGCAGAAAACACAUUCUCGCAGGAACAAUCUCAAGCAUUACUAUUACUGGCAGGCAUGUCAAGUGUCACCGGAUUAUCUGUAGGUGCUUCAACUUCACAGGGAGUCUCCCACCAGUCAAAUCAUGCUGCUAUCUGCGGUGACUGUCCACAUUGCGGCAUGAAGUAUUCUAACCAAUCUGCACUUAAAUACCAUGUCAGACUUAUGCACUCUGACUUGACCAAUCGUCUGUGCUGCUAUCUUUGUCCCCGGUCAUUUACAAUGCGAGAGACAUUUAAAGAGCACAUGUGGUCUAGCCAUGGACAAAGAAAUUAAAUUUUACUAAUGCAAGUUAAUAAAGGAAUAAAUUGUUUUUGCUAAAUUAGUAUCUAAAUUAUGUAGAGAAUAUCUUAUUUAAGUUUUUGGAUUUAAUUCCAAACGAUAUUUAAAUAUGUAAUGUUAGUUAUUUAUGGUGGUUACUAAGGAUUCAAGAGUGCCUUAAAGUUGUGUAUCAAAUUAAAUGUGCUUUUUUAAAAAGAAAUUUGCCGUCCUACAUUUAACGGAAGACAUUUUAUGUUAGCGUAAGCUAUUUUACAUAAUAUUUGGCAAAAAAUUGGGAUUACCUGAUACCUUUAAUUGAAAUUUAUCAUUUAUUAGCCUUUUAAUCAUUUAGAUUAAGACAAAUUCAUCGUUAUAUUGUUGUUAUUUAUGGAAACAGUCACUUUAUUUGAUUAUUUCUGACUAGUUUUUUUACUUUUACCAUAAAAUGAAUGUUGGGAGUAACUGUAGAAACAAAAUGUGAGGUGUAAAUAGCUAAAGAAUGAAAAUAUUCUGAUUUAUAAUUGGUGCUAAAAAUAAUCUCCAAUGAAAAGUAUCGCAAAAUGGGGUGACCUAAAAAAACGGGGCAACUUUUAAGAAUAUCAAAUGGAUGGAUGGAAUGGAAGUACCUGUAUUAAGGUUAAUCGAGCUAAGAGAUGAACCUAGACCUAGAGCCAAUGAAUGUAUGGGCUUUAGGUGUAGCUCUUCGGCCGCUUGCCGCGCGCGUUUUAUACAGGCUGUAAUUGUAACCACCGUUCAUACUCUACGUAGUGACUAUAGGUCAUACUGAACAACUUUUAUUAUGGGACCAAAAGGCCGAAAUCGCGAAAAAAACUUCGGCUGUUUCAUACAUUCCGGCUGAUGUGAUGAUUUCAAUGGGACAGCCGAAAAUUUUUUCGCGAUUUCGGCAUUGGUCCCAUAAUAAAAGUUGCUCGGUAUGACCUAUAAAGCCACUACGCAGACUAUAAAUGGUGGUUAAAAUUUCACCCUGUAUAGAAUCAGUGCUUCAGUAUUGGCGACAUAAAAACCGAAUAAAUUUUAGAGAGCCUUUUUUCGACCUCCUGAAUGUUUUAAAAAAAAAAUUGAAAAAUAUAUUUGUACUUUCAAGCAUUCGGUUGAAACUAUUUAAGCUCAUAGUCGCCCCAUUUAAUGAUACAUUUAUGUUUUCAUGUAACUAAGAGUGCCUAUACGUAGCUGAUGUCAAGAAACUAAAUUGUACAUAUUUUGAAUAGUUCUCAAAAGUGAAAUAAACUUUUGAGACUCACAACAAGUUUGUGAUAUUAUUAGUAAUAAGGAACAUGUAUCGUUUAUAAAAUAAGUGCUUAAAAUUAGUAUGACCAGUAUUGAGAAACAGUCAGGAUAAGAGCUACACGAAAACAGUGAGAAAAAAAACUUUAUUACCCCAAAUAGUAUGUAAGAUUUCAUUUAGUUGUAUUUAGAUACCUAAUUCAUUAUUUAUUUGUUUAACCUUGGCUCAAAGGGUCGAUUUAGUUGUUUCGUUUUGAAAUGAAGCAAAUUCAGGAUCUUUAAGGUGGAAAGCCACAUAUUUUCUUUUCCAUAUUCCCAUUCUAUUUCAGGGACCUAUUUUUGAAGCAUGUUGUAUAUUUGUGUUGUAUAUUUUUAUGCAAUAGUUGUUGUUAUUUGAGACAGACUAAAUUAUUAUUUCGAAUUUUAUUACAAAUAUAAAAUGAUUGAAUUGGUAUUAUUACUAUUAUUAAUUUCUAUACAUCUUUUUUACUGGCCCGGUAAGAUUGCCUCUGUUAGUUUGGGGUCAUCCAUUAAUUACAU